UACUCAUGUCUAAGUUGUUUGCAGUCCCUCUGGUUAACAUGACAGCUUGAAAACUCCAAAAAUAUGUCACAGUCUUCUUAUUUAAACGGCCUACUUUCAUUUUUAUAGUUAAAGUUGCGUUUGUACCCCUUGUUCGCAGAUUGUAUUUUUAAUUGUUUUUAUCUGUGAAUCGAUAGUCACGACUAAAGCUGGUGAGCAUAGUUAGCUAGCUAACGUUUCCAUUAGGAAACAAUGACAGCGACUUCUGCAGCUAGCAAUAGCUGCCUUGCUGCCAAAGGUCUGGAUAUAAGUUUGGCUGCCCUGCAGCGGCAAGACCCUUAUAUAAAUAAUAUUGUUGACGUGGCCAGCCAAGUUGCUCUUUAUACUUAUAACAACAGGACCAAUGAGUGGGAAAAGACAGAAGUAGAAGGUACCCUGUUUAUCUACACAAGGUUGGCAUCUCCCAGACAUGGAUUCACCAUCAUGAAUCGACUCAGCAUGGAGAACCUGACAGAGCCCAUCACAAAAGAUCUGGACUUCCAGCUUCAGGACCCUUUCCUGCUUUACCGCAAUGCACGAUUGGUUAUCCAUGGCAUUUGGUUCUAUGAUAAGCAGGACUGUCAACGUAUUGCUCAAAUGAUGAAGGUUUUGACUCAGCAGGAGCAGAUCGUGGCUCAUUCUCAGGGUGGUUGGUUGUCUCCAGGAGGAGGAGGAGUAGGAGCAGGAGGAAGAAGUGCUGGUGCAGGAGGAAGAGGAGAAGGAAGGAGAGGAAGAGAAGGGGGACAAAAUGAGGCAAAGGCAGUGGACAUCAUCCAGAUGUUGACCAAAGCACGCUCAGAUUAUGACAAGGAAAAGUCUAACCCAGAGCCAAAGGAGAUUGGUGGCAGCAGUGUUCUGUGUGGAAACCCAAACCUGAUCAAACCAAUACCAGUUAAACCGAAUACUCAGGACAGUGAGGGUGUAGAGCCCAAACCCCUCUCCUUGGCCACUCUGUUUGGCUCUCAUCAGCCUCACCUCGCUUCAAAAUCCAGCUCCGCCCAUCCUGCGCCAGCUCCCACAUCCACAGGAAAAGUUAAACGCCCACCUGUAGCCCGCACACUGACCUACGACGAUGCCGUGAACGCUGGCAGAAACGCGACAACGGGAAACGUAGCCCCCGCGGCGAGUUCAGACGCAGGGGUCAGGCCGCUGGCUGGCGAAGACGGUGGGAGCGUCGUGGCCGCGCUUCAGUAUCCCGCCGCAGCGCCUCCGCAGCCGCCGAGCCAGCCUCAUUGCCCCGCCAUCACCAAGCUGAUGCAGGGGCAGAGAGGGGUCACAGGCGUCGGGGGCGUGCUUCAGACCGUGUCGGAGUCCCCCGAGAACCGGCUGUGCGAUAACGGGGCACCCCUCGACCACCACCACCACCACCACCAUCACCACAUGCACCAAUAUCACGAGCACCACCAUCACGAGCACCACCCCCAUCACCACCAGCACCAGCUGCAGCCCGACCCGAUAAAAAGACUUUUACAAGCACAUCCAGCUCCUCAGCUGGCCACCUCCUUCACCUCCACUGCUUCUGCCUGUUGCUCCAAACCACCCCCUCAACAGCAGACCCCUCUGCUCCACUCCCAGCCUGGACGAGUGGAUCCUGCGUCCUGUUCGCACCUUCAGCAGAGCCAGCAGGUUUUUUUCCACGUUACAAAGUCUCAAACAGAAACUCAGAACCACCAGACGUCUGGUCCAGCACCGGGAACAGGUCUGCCCCCCCAGAUGCAAGGUGUGGUGUCGCCUCACGAGCUACUCCACAAACUCCAGCUGGUCCAGCAGGAACAGAACCUGACCUCUCACGAUCCCCCUCGACCCUACCCAGGACUGGCGCCUCGAUUCCUGGGGCCCAACCAGAAUCAGGAUGCAGGUCCUUCCACAGACACGGUUCCACCCCUGACCACAGCCUCCGCAGGUCAAAAAGCUGCUUUUCAGCUGCAGGUUAUCUCCCCCCAACGGAUACCUGCCACGGUGGCCCCCACUCUGCUCCUUUCUCCCAGUGUGUUCACUCAGACAAAGUCGAGCAGCGGACUGCCAGCAGUUGCUCAGGACAGCUGCUCUGUGGCCAAAACUCUGCCCAGACCCCCCAUGCAGGACGAGGUCAGAGCACUUUCCCGAAGCCAGCUUCAAGCAGCACUGCUGCAUCUGAUCCAGACUGACAGCUCAUUCCUGGACUCCAUCUACGAAGCCUACGUCAGCCGCUUUGCUAACAGCUCCGGCAGCAAGUACUGAUGACUCUUCACACCCGCUGUUUCCACAUGCUCCCCRUUCAACGACUUACUCUGAAAACUACCAGUUCCUGCUUCGGAGUAUCAGUCACUGCAUCUCCUCUGCAGUUGUGUAGUCAGCCAGACUCUAUUCAUUAAUCAUAAAUGCAUAAAUGCAUUUUUUUUCGUAUCAAAAUUACACUUAAAAAAAUGAAGAUGUGUUGUAGCCAUACUGUCGUAUGUUUUAAAAAAAAUAUGUAGCUUAUCUGUUUUUAGCAGAAACAUGCUACACUUUCAGUUUUCUCAAGGUUACCCGCAUACUCCUCCUUGUGUAUUUUGCAGAUGUGUAGCAAUGUUUAUAAGUCUUAACUGAUUUCUCCUUCCUUUUAACACCAGCCAGCUAAGUCGAGGUAGCUCAGUGGUCAGUGCAGCUGCAGGUUYGAGCACAGGUUGAGCAGGAAGGAGCGUCCUGUAGAAGGGAUCAKCUGAAAGGAAAACCAACAUUAGUUAGUUUGUUUUACUUUCAGCAGGAUUUAAAUUAAUURUAUUUAAAUUGUUUUAGCUGUGUUUCUUUAGAAAUGAGCAAUAGCAAAAAUCUGCACUGAUAUUUUAGUAAAUUUUCCCAUCAGACAUGUUAUUUGUGAGGCGUCGAGGGGUAUUUUGAAGAGGAUGGAGUGGGGAAUAUAUUAGCCUCUUAUUUUUUAUCCUUUUAAUUGUWUCAAUUCAGUUAMGCAAGAAGAGAGCAAGAAGAGUUGUCUUUGAGUGCACUUUGUAACAUAACUAGUACUUAGUGAGUCUCCUUUUCUGAUUGUUGGAGCACAUAAAGAAAUAAAAAAUGACAGUCAAUUGUAAAAACAAACAAGCAAACAGGUCAACCUGCACUACCUCACAAAAAGCUCAUUUAAAGGUGGGGCUUUGAUUUAAUAAAGGCACAACAGUUUUAAAAGGGAUUUUAUCAUUAUUGGCUAAUUUUAACACACCAAAAUGUAAUUCAAGUUGUUGUGUAAGUUUUGAUUCUUAAAAAAUAAAAAUAAUUCUGGGUCUAAUA